AUGAAAGAUCUUGGUGAACUCAAAUACUUUCUAGGCAUUGAGUUUUCUAGAUCUCAGGAAGGCAUAGUUAUGUGUCAAAAGAAGUAUGCUCUAGAACUAGUGUCUGAGCUAGGCCUACCAGGUGGAAAGCCAACAACUACACCUUUAGAAUUCAAUCAUAAGCUCAUAUCCAUUGAAUAUGACAAGCAUAUACCCAAUGACAAUACUACAGUGGACAAGGAACUUGAAGACAAAGGAGGCUAUCAGAGGCUAGUUGGUAGGUUGUUAUACUUAACCAUGACAAGGCCUGGCACUGCCUUUGUGGUUGAAGUACUCAGUCAGUAUAUGAAUGUACCUAAGAUGUCUCACAUGGAGGUUGCCUUAAGAGUAGUAAGGUAUAUCAUGACUGCUCCUGGCCUUGGACUGUUCAUGCAUGCUAAGGCAAGCAAGCAGCAUAUUGUGAUUCUGAUUGGGAAGCUUAUGUGGAGAACAAGAGAUCAGUGA